GAAAUGAUAUUUCCUCCUGCAUUUUUUGAUAUCAUGGUGCAUCUUGCAAUUCAUUUGCCAGAGGAGGCAUUGCUGGCAGGACCAGUGCAGUACAGAUGGAUGUACCCUUUUGAAAGGUAUCUAGGGAAGUUCAAACGGGUUGGGAAAUGAGCCAAGAUUGUCUGUUUUCUCACAAAAGGUACGACCGUUGGGGACAUCAAUUAAUCACAAAUUAGCAGACUCACUAAUGGCCAAGGCCCGAUGGUAUGUACUUAAUAAUUGCACGGAGGUUACGCAAUACAUAGAGGAGCACUAUAACAAGAUGGUAGAAGAGGACCAGAAUAACAUCCUUCGUAGGCACCAAAGUCAAUUCCCAGCAUGGUUCAGAUCACGCAUUCGAGAGUUGCGUGCAAUUAGACCAGGUGAGAUCACCGAUGACAUAUAUGCAUUAGCAUGUGGUCCAGAUCCGCGGGUCGCAUCAUAUGCCGGAUGCAUAAUGAACGGAGUUCGCUUUCAUACGAAAGAGCGUGAAAGGCGUCGCCGCACCCAAAACAGCGGAGUGGUGGUUCAUGGCGAGCAUCGGGGAUCCCCUGUUGACUUUUACGGUGUGUUGAAUGAUAUUAUAGAAUUACAGUACAUGGGUUGGCGUAAGGUAUACUUGUUUAGUUGUGCUUGGUAUGACAUUAGCGACCCGAGAAGGGGGAUACGUGUCAGGGACCAUUUAACGUUAGUGAAUACUGCUAGGCAAUGGUAUAAAGAUGAGCCUUUCGCCUUAGCAUGCCAAGCACUACAAGUGUUUUAUCUCACGGAUUUGACAUUGGGGGGAAGUUGGCAAGUCGUACAUAAGAUUACAAAUAGGAAUGUUUACAACAUUCACUCGAUGACUACUGUUGAGGAGGAGGAUGAUGAUGACGAAUCUUCUACUGGUGAAGCAGAAGAUGAUGGUCAAACUAAUGUCAAUAAUUAUCCCCCUAUCGUAGAGAGUGAAUCAGGCAUGCUUGAUCCAUUGCAUCGAGACGAUGAAGAGCAUUUGCCCAUUGAUCCAUUAAUCAUAUCACGUCGAGACCCUUCCCAACCUGUUGAUGAUGAUGUAUUUAUUGAUGAUGACACACUUGGCGAUGACAAUGGUAUCUCCGGUGAUGAGUCUGACCAUCAUCUACAUGAGGAGACGGAUGAUGAUGAAGGUAUUUCACAACCCAUUCAAUAUGUUAAUUUCGUUGAAAUUUAUAAUGCAGUCAUUACUUGGCUGCAUUGUUUUGGAGUUUUUUUUAUCUACUCAUUGGCUGCAUUUAUAAUCAACCAUAGAGAUAUAUAG